AGGAAAAGCGUCUUGAGAUUAUCAAAAAUGUAAACUGCGAACGAACACGACUUCUUGAUCAUUUGCGUGCCAGUCGCCAUUUUGAUCAAAGUGACUGCGAGCUUAUAAAAGCAGAGAUUACAAACGAUGCUCGCGUUGGUAAACUCAUUGAUUUCCUGCUUCUGAAAGGACCCGAUGCUUUUCAGUGCUUUGUCGAUGUCAUGCAAAUAGAAAAUCCAUCAUUGUAUGAGUUGCUUACGGGAGAGAAGCGACCGACAAAGUUUCAUCGUUGAUGAGGCAAAUAGCAUAUGCAGACGUUCGACUUGGUGAUGUCUCUCAGCUGCAGUCCAUGAUUGACUAUCAAGAACGAAUUCUUCGAGAUUUGGGCGACAGCAACAACCGAUACCGCGAGGUCUUAAAGGCGAACGAAGCCUUGGAAAAAAAGCUAGAAAAUGCCACCAAAGAUUUGGAGUCGGAAAGAGCAAAACUAGCGCAUUGCGAGAGCAGAUUAACUCAAGAUCAAAUGGUUGAUGCAUCUCUACUGAACAACGAAAUGUUAUUGUGUCGUGAAUACGAUGAGUUGGAGAAGGGAAUUUCAGACAGAGAUGUUUACAUCAUCGUACUGCAGAUGAAACUUUUGGCCGAGAAAGAAGAAGUUGAAAAGUUAAAGACAACUAUCGUUGAUUUGGAACAUAAGAACGAGAAAAUGUCUACGGAACUGAAAAGAAUGUCUCAAAGUUAUAACCAAGAGAGAUGUCAAUCGUUAAAACUAAGCGAGUGUAUUCGCCUUCAAGGAGACGAGAUUCAAAAAAUUGAUCAGCUGCGAAAAGAACUCCGUGAAACGAAAUAUCAAAAUAUUAUUAUUAUGGAGGAAAGAGACGCAAGAAUUCAGGAGUUAGACGAACUGAAGAAGUGGGCCGAAGCAUUGAAGACAAGAUUUGAUGUCGUCGAAAGACAAAAAAAUACAUCGAUUCAAAAGACCGAGUUUGUUUCAAAUAACUGCGCAGUCCUGCAAGACACCAUUAGGAGCUUAAAACAGAAACUGUCGACGACAAAUUUGGAACUGGAUGAAACAAAAAAACGCAACGAGCUUCUUGUGAAGGACUGUGAACUAUUUAAAAAACAAAGAAAUCAUGCUCUCGAAGCUCGACUCGAAGCCGUGAACACACGUGAUUCAAUUGCUGCUGAGAAAGAUUCCCUUCAAUCAAAAUAUACUGAAAUGCUUGCGAAACGAGAACGGAUGAACGAAGAACGAGCUAGCUUGAUACAAUCGUGUGAUACAUUACAUGCCAGAUAUGAAAAAGCCUCGGAUGACGUGAUCCGCUUUAAAACAUCUCUUAACGAAAAAGAAUUAGAAGUAGAAGAUUUGGCAAGACGACUGAAGUUGGCAGAUGAGAAGAACCAGCGCAACGAUAAACUUCUCGACAAACUUCCGGUAUUCUCCGAUAACGAUGACGUAAUUUCGAAUGAUGUUGAACCAAAUGAGGCGUGUACCAAUGAUGGAGAUGAGGAGACCGCUGCCUCAAGAAGACCGUGGCGCGAGAGGCGAAUGAAAUCUUUAUUAAAAAGUAUAAAACAUCGUAUAUCAGGCGAUCGUGCCGAUGAUUCGUCUUCCCGGGAUGCUGUGGGCCUGGUUGCAGGCAACGUUACCAUGGAUGUUCUUCAGCAUUUACUGCCAAAUUUAAACACGCGUCCCAGUGGUAUAGUGGAUAUUGCGCAAUCAUCGACAUUAACAACGCGCACAAUGCAACGUCAAAUGAUGUUGUUGAAGAAUCCAAAGGGUGCGUGGGAUAAGACUGAGCGUUCUAAUACGGCGCCGGUGGGAAUUCAAAAUCUUACCACUUAUGGGGAGGACAAUAAAGAUGAACUUACGAAAUUAAGAAGUGCAAGUUCUUCUUCUGAUAUUGAAUAUCCCGAGGACGUUAAUAUUGUGCCUCGAAUAUUUCGUUGUCGGUCGGGUGACAUUACAGCUAAAUUUUCUCCUGUGUAUAAACGGACGAAUUCUACUCAGUAACGCUUCUUGGAAAGAUUGAAUACAACAAUAGCCAUAGCCCGAAUGUUCUCCGAUUGCGAGCUGGUCAAAGACGUUAAUCUCGAUUUUUUUAUUGCUUUGUCCUCUGAUCGCUGAUGUUUUCCGAUUUUAUUACGGCAGUUACCGACUGUGUGCCGAGUAACAAUUUUGUAUAAUCAACUUGAAAGUCGUUGAAUUGACUUCAAAUAUCUUAUGCACUAAUUGAUCAUAAACAACACUUAUAUUCAGUGUGGCCAACUUUGGGAUCAUAUUUCCACACUUCGGGAUAGGAUUGGUUUGGGAUUUAUUUCUUUUAGGAGUAAUUCUAGGGAUUUUUAUUUUUGAAAAGGAAAAUUUUAAGAUUUUUUGUUUUCCAGGAAUAACUUUUUUGGGAAGAUUGAUAGACUAACACACGAUUUUUUCCCCACGUUUUCCAGAUAGAAGUACACUCUGAGUACACUUGCUUCCAGAAACAGUAAGCUAAAAAUAAAGCGCAUUCCUCUCUCUCUCAGGGAGACUGGGAAAAAAUCUAGGAAAAAUGGCAAUUUUAGGAAAUUUUGGAUGUUUUGGGAGCUUUGUUGUGAUUUUAUGAAAUUUUAGUUGGCAAUAUUGGUUAUUUCAUAUUUACUGUAUUAUUUGUUCAAUAUCAUAUAUAUUUUACUAAUUUAUAACUUAUUUGUCAAAUGCAAUUUGUCGUACAACGGCUAAAAUUUAGUAACGAAUGCGUGUGUUGUUAAAUAACUUUAUACUGAAACCGUGUUUUUAUUAAAAUGUAUUUGUAAUUAAA